CUUGAGAAAAAAAAAACAGAGAGAAAAAAAAAUGGAAGCGGAGAAGAAAAUGGUUUUACCGAGAAUCAAAUUCACAGAGCACAAAACCAACACGACGACAAUCGUACCGGAUUUAACCAACAAUCACCAAACCAGGGUUCUUCGUAUCUCAGUCACUGACCCAGACGCUACUGAUUCCUCAAGCGACGACGAAGAAGAAGAACAUCAACGCUUCGUCUCUAAACGCCGUCGUAUCAAGAAGUUCGUCAACGAGGUCGCUCUCGAUGCUGGUGGUGUUACUGGUAGUUGUAGUCAAAUGGAAUCAAAGAAGAGACAGAAGAGAGCGGUGAAAUCGGAGUCUGCUGUUUCUCCGGUGGUUUCAGCGACGACGACGGAGAAGAAAUUCCGAGGAGUGAGACAGCGUCCAUGGGGAAAAUGGGCGGCGGAGAUAAGAGAUCCAUUGAAACGUGUACGCCUCUGGUUAGGUACUUACAACACGGCGGAAGAAGCUGCCAUGGUUUACGAUAACGCUGCGAUUCAGCUUCGUGGUCCCGACGCUCUCACUAAUUUCUCCGUUACUCCGACGACGACUGAGAAAAAACCCCCACCACCGUCUCCGGUGAAGAAGACGAAGAAGAAAACGAGCAAACUCAAAAAAUCAGUUACUGCUUCUUCCUCCAUCAGCAGAAGCAGUAGCAACGACUGUCUCUGCUCUCCGGUGUCUGUUCUCCGAUCUCCUUUCGCCGUCGACGAGUUCUCCGGCAUUUCUUCACCACCACCAGCGGCGGUUGUUGUCAAGGAAGAGCCAUCGAUGACGACUGUCUCAGAGACUUUCUCAGAUUUCUCGGCGCCGUUGUUCUCAGAUGAUGACGUGUUCGAUUUCCGGAGCUCAGUGGUUCCCGACUAUCUCGGCGGCGAUUUAUUUGGGGAAGAUCUAUUCACGGCGGAUAUGUGCACGGAUAUGAACUUCGGAUUCGAUUUCGGAUCCGGAUUAUCCAGCUGGCACAUGGAGGACCAUUUUCAAGAUAUCGGGGAUCUAUUCGGGUCGGAUCCUCUUUUAGCUGUUUAAUAAUAUUUUAAAUAAAUAAAUAGUUUUACCGGCCGUUACUAAACGGAACCGGAGAAAGUUUUGUAUACCGGUGAAAUAUAAUCUCGGUUAUGUUCGUUUUAAUCUUUUAUUUAGUUUCUUUGUUAUAUAAAUCAAAUGUAGUUAA